ACCAGUUUUACAAAAAACAAACUGUUACAUAAAUUAGAGACUUGUCUUUCGUCGGUGGUUGUUUCGAUUUCUCUUUAGGAACAAAGAAACGUAAAUAAAAUCAACCCAAAAUCCAAAUCCGAUCUUUUCUUCUUCUUUCUUUGUUUUGAAACCAAUCCCCCACAAAAAAAAAAAAAAAGAAGAAACAAUGGUUCGUGUCAGCAACUGGAUUGUAGUGUUCGUGAACAGCAUGUUGCUGUUAUUAGGACUGCUUUCCUUGUUCUUUGGGGUUUACUUUUCCGUCCAGGCAAGCACCCAUUGCGAGAAAGUAUUGACGGAUCCAUUGCUGAUACUGGGUGGUUGUUUGGCGGUUGUUUCUUUGCUAGGGUUAAUUGGUUCUUUGUUCAAGAACACCUUUUUCAUGUUUAUUUACUUGGCCAUCUUGUUUUUCUCAAUACUUGGUCUCAUUGGUUUCACUGUCUUCGUGUUUCUGGUCACCAACUAUGACGCUGGGAAGGUGUUUUCAAAGCGAGAUUUGAUCAUUAAUGAGCGUAAAACUGCGGAUUUCUCCAAUUGGUUGCAGAAUCAUUUUGUUAAUGACAAGAAUUGGAAUCAGAUUAAGAGUUGUUUGAUCGAUGCUAAGGUUUGCAGUAAUAUUGGAAAUAAUAAUGAUGUUAAUUACAAGGCAUUGGCUUUUUUCAAGAACACCCUCCCUGCAAUACAGGCUGGCUGCUGCAAGCCACCAACGCCCUGUGGCUUCCUUCCGAAGAAUGAAACAUUCUUGGAAGUUCCAAAAUCAGGUGCAGCCACCAAAGAUCCUGACUGCUCAACUUGGAGCAACAACCAGCAGACGCUAUGCUAUGACUGCAACUCAUGCAAAGGAGGAAUUCUUGCUAACAUCAAGGAGCAGUGGAGGUCAUUGGCUAUCAUCAACAUCAUUCUCGUCGUCUUCCUCAUUUUCAUUUAUUCUGUUGGUUGCUGUGCCAGGAGGAGUAAUCAGAAAUACUAGCAAGAAAUAUAUCAGAGCCUUUGCUUGAUGACCUAAUUUCAUUCUAUACAUACAUAUAUAUAUAUAUAUAUAUAUGUAACUGCCCAAUUAAACAUAAAUCAUGUUCUUAAAUUACCUUGUUUGCUUUGAAAUAGAUUAUUUAAGAUGAUAAUUGUCUCA